AUGCAGCCAAGGCCACAAACACACCUCUGCAUCCUUGCCCUGCAUAUGCUAAUGAAUUCGAAGGAUGCAUCCGAAAGCACUCUACUUCCAUUCGCAUGCACUGAUAUUGGCCUUGCAUUGUCAUACAUGCACAAGGCAACGUCAGUAGGUGCUCAGCAUUACAUAUGCAAUAGAAUCAGGUACUGCAAGCCUCCGGUGCAUCUUCUUCCACAGCUGAUGCAUGUCUUCCUAAAUGCAUCCAGUGAUGAGAUCAGCUGGCCAAUGAGCAAGCUGCUGAGGCAGUGGGCAUCCAGAAGCAAUGAGUUUUCAUGUGCACUCUACUUCCACCUCAGGUGUGCCCUUGAACAGAACAACACCAAAUCAGUGUUCUGCUAUUUCAUGAUAUGUGAUCUGCUUGAUAACAAUAGAGUUCGUGCAUGUAGGAACACAUUUAUUCUUGAGCUGCAGUACAGAUACACAAAAAAGCUAAACAGGACAGUAUGCAUGCCCAGAGCACAAAAGGGAUAUCCUCCACUCAAAGGCAUGUUCUUGUUCUUUGCAAAGGCUGUGUCGUGGUUUGUUGAUCCAAGACUAUUUAAAAAAGUUCAUGAAUACGAAGAUGCCUUCAUCCAGGUCAAGAAUGCAUGCAGCAUCAACCAAAUAAGGGAUUUAGGCUCUGGGCAUGCAUUCAGCAAGAACAGAUUGGAGUCAAACAUAUUGUUUAUACAGUCGCUGGCUGAGAUUCCAGACAGGCUGAUGAAGCUUCCAAGAUACCUGCGGAAACGCGGACUAGAAAUGGAGAUCAGGCUAUUGAACCAUAAUCUUCCUGCAAGGGUUUUUCUGCCAGUGGAUACUACAAGGCAUGUGUUGACUGCAAGGAUCGAGGAGUCGUUUCUACUUGACUCUGCGGAAAGCUCGCCAUUUCUUGUUGUUUUUGAAACAUCGGCACAGAUUGUCCGGCCGUGCGGUGGUAGAGAAAGCAGCAAGGAUAUCCAGUUCCUCAAGCAGCAGCUUGAUGCCGUCGACAGACUUUCAUCUCUUGGUGAAAUAAACGUAGUCAGGGAAAACAUACUGGUAUCGAUUGAAAGAAUUCUAAUGACUGAAAGACAUGAAAAGACAUUGCAUUCAAGCAGCCAUGGCAUGGAUGCAGAGCAUGCAAAACAAGAUGAUAUGCACAGCAAUAGUGGUACUGAUCUGCACCAAUACAGACGCCCGGAUGCCAGCACACACCAAGAGUAUUCAAAUGUAGGCAUAAAGCUUCCGAAGCCAUUAGCAGGCCGUGGAAUAUUCAUGAUGGAAAAGAGGUCAUACUCUGCAGAGCAUCUUUCACAGGGCACACAGGGGCAUGAAGAAGAUGCUCAGGCUGUCUGUAGCAAUAUGGUCGAUGAUUCCCAAAGCUCUCAUCACGAUCCAUCGGUAUACAAGUAUCAUAGCAGCUGGAUGCUGAAAACAGCCGAACUGAAGCGAACAUCACAGUUUCAUCAUGCAAAAGGAUGGAAUGCACAGUCUGUCAUAGUCAAGACCGGCGAGUCUCUUAAACAAGAGCUGCUUGCAUAUCAGGUUCUUCUUGAGAUGAAAACGAUCUGGAGUGAAGAGCAUGUUCCUUUAUGGGUUCAUGGAUACCAAAUCUACCUUGUGAACAGCAGGUGUGGAGUAAUUGAGACAGUGGUUGAUGCAAUGUCAAUCCAUAAGAUCAAACAGAAGAUGAUGCUGGAUGGCAAGAAUUAUUCUCUGAAAAGUCACUUCAUGGAGUCUUUCGGGCAGAGUGGCGAAAGAUACAGAGACUGUGUCAGGAACUUCCUGUGCUCUCUGGUUGGAUAUUCGCUGGCAACAUAUAUCCUUCAGGUAAAGGACAGGCACAAUGGAAACAUCAUGAUUGAUAGAGAAGGGCAUAUUGUCCAUGUAGACUUUGGAUUCAUAAUGGGUGGGCAUCCAGGAUUCUACUGUGUGGAGGGUGCGCCAUUCAAGUUUUCAAAGGAGUACCUUGAGCUUCUUGAGGGGCUGAUGGAUGAGUUCAAAGAGCUGUUUCUGCAGGGAUAUCUGGCAUUGAGACGGCACAGCGAUAGACUCUUCAGAAUGGUGGAGAUGCUUUUUGAUGGCACAAGCCCUGAGUGUUUCAAUCCAAGGGAGUUGGCCAACUUUAAAGAUCGAUUCCAGCUGAGCCUGGAUGAUUGUGGGAUUGCCGAGCAUGUGCUGUAUUUGAUAGGCAAGAGCUUUAACAACAUGGGAACAGGUCUUUACGAUUCAUAUCAGUACUUUUCGUACGGGUAUCUGUGA